UCGAUCGCCGAAGCACAUACAAGUACGUUCGCUGCUCCUCCAACAGAUUCGAUCGAUCCAUCUUCGUUAAUUCAUUCCUCGAUCGGUCACCACCGCCGGCGGAGAAAGCCGUUCGUUAGCUACGGCGCAGAUCGUGUAUGGAGAUGGAUUUCCUGGGCCCCCACUCGGUGCUGCAGCCGCGACGCGGAGGCGGCGGCGGCGGCGGCGACGACCAGCCGCAGCAGCCCUGCCCCCCAUGGCGUCUCGCUGCCCCGACUCCGAUGAUGAUGAUGACGCCGCAGCCGCCGCGCCCGAAUCCGGACAUGAUGCCGCCGACGGCGACUUAUCAUCAUCAGAUUCAUCACUGGAAGCAGCAGCAGCACCCGUCUUUCAGUCAGGUAGCAACGCGCGUCCCUCCGCCGUCACCGCCGGAGCCCGGCCGCGCGGUCGCCGCGCCGGCGUUUCAAUGCGCCAUUCCACCGGCCUCGUAUCACUCCACGACCGCCGCUCUCAGAUCGAUGGGUGAGGCGAACCCGUUCCGAGUGCCAAACUGCAGCCCGCAGCCUGACCCCGCCGCGCAGCUCACCGUCUUCUACGCCGGCUCCGUGCGCGUCUUCGACAACGUCUCCAGGGAAAAGGCCGAGCAUAUCAUGUUCAUGGCCGCCAAGGCCGCGGCACAAGCAGCGGCAGGCGGCAGCGGCGGCCCUCCUGUCCGCCGGCGAUCCGAACCUUCCGAUGGAAGCAGAAGCGGCAGCAGACAGGCGGCGUCAUUGGCCAGGGCUUGCAGCGAUCCAGUGCUGCUGACCCCGCACGCCGUGCUCGGUUUUGGCGACCACGCUUCGGAUCAAGACUUGUUCUUGCCUAGAGAUGUCCCGCUGGCUAGGAGUGCGUCCCUUGCCCGCUUCCUGGAGAGACGCAAGCAAAGGGCGGCAAAUGCAGCAGCAGGUCCCUACUCUCGCCGGGACAUUUCUCCGGGUAGCAAUAGCAUGGACAUCUUCACGGCCGUUUCACCGGCAAACACAUCGCCCGAGCUGUCAUGGUUCUUGGGAGAUGGGACGGGCAUGAACGGCUACGAGGAGGCGCCGGACACGGAGCUGAAGAUGUAGGAGCUGAGCUGCUACUGUCAGAGAGGAGCCUCAUGCAUGUGCAAAGGAUAUCGGCCGGCGGAUUUCGUUUACAAUAACAACCCCAUGCAUAUAUAUGCAUGUCCCUCUCUCGCUAAAUCUAGCCCCAGUUUUGUAUCCAGUCGGGCUGGAUGCUGUUAUUGAGCUGAUCAUCAAAACCUUUUUUUAGUGCAUUAGGUGCCCACAGGAGCUUAACACAUAGGAGGCUUCUUUCAGUUUUGAGAGAACUUGGGUUCAGGUGUUUGCUGAAAACAUUGUCAACCCCACGAAGAAAACCGAUUUAGCUAAUCAGCCCGAAUUUUGUAUCCAGUCGGGUGGAUUGUUUUUGAGUUCAUGACAAACUUUUUGGUGCAUUCGAUGGCAAGAACUUGAUGGCAUAGGCUCCUUCUUUCAUUCCCUUUUUUGAAAUGUGUUCUUUCAUUUCUCAGUGAACAUUAGGUGGUUCAGAAACGA